GGAAGAUGUCGCUCAGGCCAGUCCUAAAAAACUUCCGCCUUAAGUUGUAAAGAAAACAUAGCAGCUAAAAGGCAAUCGACGGCGUAACCAGCCCAUUUAAGAAGUCAGACCAAAGGCUCUAGUCACUCUGGGGCUCGUGUGGUUUUUAAGAGGGUGUGUGUGUGAGUGUGAGUGUGUGUGAGUGCAUGUGUGAGUGUGUGUGAGCGCUGCAGUUUCCUCCCCACCAUUUCACCAAGAGCUGCUCCUCCCUGGAGGAUGACAAUGGAGGAGAUGAAGAAUGAAGCGGAGACAAACUCCAUGGUAUCCAUGACGCUGUAUGCUGUGAUGUACCCAGUUUUCAAUGAGCUGGAGAGGAUCAACCUAUCAGCAGCUCAGACGCUCAGAGCAGCCUUCAUAAAGGCGGAGAGGGAGAACCCUGGUCUGACUCAGGACAUCAUAAUGAAGAUCUUGGAGAAAAAGAACGUCCAAAUCAACUUCACCGAGUCUCUACUGCGCAUGGCAGCUGAUGACGUGGAAGAGUUCAUGAUUGACCGGCCCGAGCAGGAGUUCCAGGACCUCAAUGAGAAGGCCAGAGCUCUGAAACACAUCCUCAGCAAAAUCCCAGAUGAGAUCAAUGACAGAGUACGCUUCCUACAGACUAUCAAAGACAUAGCCAGCGCCAUAAAAGAGCUCCUGGACACGGUCAACAAUGUCAUUAAGAAAUAUCAGUACCAGAAUCGCAGAGCUCUGGAGCACCAGAAAAAGGAGUUUGUGAAAUACUCCAAAAGUUUCAGCGACACCCUCAAAACAUACUUCAAAGACGGAAAGGCAAUAAAUGUCUUCAUCAGCGCAAACCGGCUCAUCCACCAAACCAACCUCAUACUGCAGACCUUCAAAACCGUGGCCUAGCCCUCAGAGACCACAAAGCCCUCCCCUCCGCACCCCCCACCACCCCUCAUCCCGCGGGAAGCAACUGCUAGGAUGGUGGAAGCUUGAAGAGCUCCUGACCCAUAUAUGUAAAUUAGAAAGAGUUGAUUUUAGGGUUGGGGUCGAUUCCAUCAGAGUCAAGAUUCUAGAUUCCAGUUCAAGAGACUGAAAAGUGCCAUUUGUCUUUUUUUCAAUGAGGAUUUUCCAGUCUUGAAAUGGAACUGAAUGGGCCCAAAGUCUGGUUGAUUGAUUUUAUUUGGACAGUUUUAAUUUAUAACCCCGGUCUUGUUGGGAGUAGGUGAGGCGAGGUGUUUAUUAAAGACUAAUUGCCAUUUUUCUAAUAUAUUCAUGUUGAUCAUUUUACUUUUAGCUUUUCAAUCAUGGCUACACAUUUGAGAGCGCAUUCAGUAGGGGUGCGUCUCGGUCGUCUAUACUGGUUUUCUCUUCUCGCCUCCCAUUUGUGUUAUUUUGCCAUGGUCUGUACGCACAGGAGAUGACAAAAAGCACUCGACCGCAGGUGAAAUAGCUGCGAGGAGAGGAGAGGAAGCAAUGUUGGACAUUUAAGAGGCAAACCCACAUUUCGUUUCUCUUUAUUAUCAGACGACAGAAAGCCAAAUGACUUCCAGCACAGUGUGCGCCUUACCAAGUCCUGUAACAUUCCCUCCUCUCAGAGUGUAAUGAAGUGGAACCAGUCCCUGCUGUUGCGGGAUGUAGAGAGAGAAAUGAAAGUUCUGUAUUUAACUGAUACCUGGUUGCAAAUGUUCAAUAAAUAGUUUCCAAAUGA